AUGAGUGAAAGGAGAAGAUCUGCAGUCGCCUUGAGCUCCCGAGCACAUGCUUUCUCCGUAGAAGCCCUGAUUGGGACAAAUAAAAAGCGCAAACUCCGAGACUGGGAGGAAAAGGGUUUGGAUCUGUCCAUGGAGUCCUUGAGCCCCGCGGGACCGCUUGGAGACGGCGAGGACGCGGCUCACUGCCUGGAGCCCCACCCCGACUCAGAGCAGAGCACUGGUUCAGACACAGAGGUGCUCACAGAGAGGACAUCGUGCUCCUUUGAGUCUCACCCGGAUCUUACAUCAGGUGCUCCUGGUCCCCCACCUCCCCCCAUUUCAUCCAUGGAGGAGAUACAGGUUGAGCUCCAAUGUGCUGAUCUCUGGAAACGGUUUCAUGACAUUGGGACAGAGAUGAUCAUUACAAAGGCUGGAAGGCGGAUGUUUCCAGCCAUGAGAGUGAAAAUUACAGGCUUGGACCCUCAUCAGCAAUAUUACAUAGCAAUGGACAUUGUGCCUGUGGAUAAUAAGAGAUACAGAUAUGUGUAUCACAGCUCCAAGUGGAUGGUGGCCGGCAAUGCUGACUCCCCUGUCCCCCCAAGAGUUUAUAUCCAUCCUGAUUCACUGGCAUCUGGAGACACAUGGAUGAGGCAGGUGGUCAGUUUUGACAAACUCAAACUGACCAACAAUGAAUUGGAUGACCAAGGACAUAUUAUCCUGCACUCUAUGCACAAGUACCAGCCCCGAGUCCAUGUGAUCAGAAAAGACUUCAGUAGUGACCUCUCUCCUACGAAGCCUGUUCCUGUGGGAGAUGGUGUGAAAACUUUCAACUUCCCAGAGACUGUCUUCACCACAGUCACAGCCUAUCAAAACCAGCAGAUCACCAGAUUAAAAAUUGAUCGAAACCCCUUUGCUAAAGGCUUCAGGGAUUCUGGGAGAAACAGGACUGGACUGGAGGCCAUUAUGGAAACAUAUGCUUUCUGGAGACCACCUGUGCGCACACUCACCUUUGAGGAUUUCACCACGAUGCAGAAACAGCAAGGGGGCAGCACAGGCACCUCCCCAACCACCUCCAGCACAGGAACUCCAUCCCCUUCUGCUUCUUCUCAUCUCUUGUCUCCAUCCUGUUCUCCUCCCACCUUUCACCUGGCCCCCAAUACUUUCAACGUGGGCUGUCGCGAGAGCCAGCUGUGCAACCUGAACCUCUCCGACUACCCACCCUGUGCCAGGAGUAACAUGGCUGCUUUGCAGAGCUACCCAGGCCUGAGUGACAGCAGCUACAACCGGUUGCAGAGUGGUACGGCCUCAGCCAGCCAGUCCUCAGAAACCUUCAUGCCUCAGAGGACUCCAUCCCUGAUCUCAGGAAUACCGACGCCUCCUUCGUUGCCCAGCAAUGGCAAGAUGGAAGCUUAUGGGAGUCAGCUGGGCUCCUUCCCUGCCUCCCAGUUUCAAUAUGUCAUGCAGGCAGGCAAUCCGGCCUCCAGCUCUUCUUCCCCUCAUGUGUUUGGUGGCAGCCACAUGCAGCAGAGCUCCUACAAUGCCUUCUCCCUUCAUAACCCUUACAACCUCUAUGGGUACAACUUCCCCACCUCCCCUAGACUAGCUGCGAGCCCAGAGAAACUGACCACCUCCCAAAGCACUUUACUCUGUUCAUCUCCCUCCAAUGGGGCCUUUGGUGAGAGGCAGUAUCUGCCCACAGGGAUGGAACAUGGCAUGCAUAUGAUCAGCCCCUCUUCAGCCAAUCAGCAGACGGCUAACACCUGUGACAGCCGGCAAUAUGGGUCCGUCCCCGGUUCUUCCUCCUCCCAGAUGUCUGUGCACAUGGUUUAAUGGGGAACCUGACCUCUCAUCAUCAAUGAUCCUCCACUGUUUCCAUAAAGGCAUCCUCAUUGUCAGGAGCUCAAAGCCUUUUAAUGAACAGCGGGAUUGCAUAUAUUUUUUCUUCUGAAGGGAGAGGGGUGGGAAUAACCCCAACAACAAAGAGAUGCUCCCAAGCUCUCAUAGGAUGGAACUUAACAUCUGACUUCCUGGCCCGUGCUCACAAUAUCCAAAGACAGCCUUGUUAUACAAUGUCUAACCUCUAACCCUAAGUGGCCUUAGGAAAGAUGGGACAAUCAUUUUAUAUUAAUAUAAAAGAAAGGCUAGAGUGUAGCAGCCAAAGAAACAUGCAUAUAUAUAUAUAUACAUACAUACUUAUACAUGAAUAUAUACAUAUAUAUAUAAACACACAUACACACAACACUCACUUUUAACUAGGGUGAGCUCUUCAUGAAGAGAGGCCCAGAGUGGGUACUUCACCAAGGACUGGUCUUCUACAAAGCUACAUGGCCUGCAAAGGCUACCUUUGACCCUUAUUCCCCAGAACCCCACCUGUUUCUGGAGUGAACCAGACCUCCUGAAACUACCCCUCAUGAAUGGGAGGUAGAUGGACCUCAGAGCCACAACUGUACUUUACUUCCUGAAGGAAAGUGCUCUCCUGACUUUGGCUCCCUCCGGCUGAUUGGCUAUUGUCUUGAAAAUUCAGUGGUGCUGUUGAUGUGAUAGGAGUGAAAUGAAUGGAAAGAGAAAAAGAAAAAGAAAGGAAGGAAGAAAAAAGAAAGAGAGAGAGAGAGAAGGAAAGAAAGAGAGAAAGAAAGAAAAAAGUGAAAAAGAGAAAGAAAAUGAGGAUGUGUGAGAGUUGGUAAAAAUUUAAUUCACCAAAGAAGAUGCUUUUCUUUCCCCAAACAGGAUGCAAAAAAACAUGAUUUAAUUGAAGAAAAGACCUCAUUGGAACACUCCAAUUCCAGGGGCCAAAUGGGAAAAAUUAGAUAAGGGCUGCAUCUUAGCCCCAAAGGUCCUAUCAAUGGUAUAUUCUUCUAGAAUCCAGAGGUGCACCAACCCGAGGAAGUUUGACUCUCCAAAAUAUGCAUCUUACUUAGUAUGGGAAGGGGAAAGAGAAUGGGAUUUGGAGUAUGGGAAAGCGAUUUAAUAAUUCAGCCCAAUUUUGUUGAAAUCAGGGGCAAUGAAGAGAGACUUGGUCAGCUACAAAUGAACCAAGGCAGUUGACCUGAAUUUAGUGUCUUGCAUGCCAGAGUGGCCAUAGAAAAUUUGUAAAGUUUCACAGAAAUUCAGAGCACAGAAUUUCAGAGAAACUCAUCUUGCCUCUUCCCUUAGAGCACAGUUUUAAACAAAUAGAUGGUUGCGUUUUGAAGUUUCUUUAAUUUCUUUCCUUUACCCUUCCCCUCCCCCAUAGCCUUUAACAAUUAAAACAAAAUUGCAGCUUGGUAUAAACUAAGCAUUUAAGUGGUGUGGAACUGCAAUUAUCCCAAGUAACAGAAUACAGAUAUUAUUAAGAUUUUGGUUUUGAGGUGUUGUAGAUAUAUGUAUUUAUGUGCCUAGUGGGGAAUUCAAUAUUAUGAAUAUUAAAAAGGGGCAAUAAAAAGGGUAUGUAAAAUAUGUAUGAAGAAAAAGGUGUAUAAAAAUUUGCCCUAUGCACGGAAUUCUGUUUCUAAGUGCCAAGCACAAAAUGCCGCUAAAUAAAUCUUUGCAAUUGUUUCUUGUGUGUCUGUUGAUUUGAGAAGACCAGUUCCUCCAUGAGCAAGAUAUCUUUGCCAAAAUAUCCUAUGAUAUGUGCCAAGGAUAUCAGACCCAGGCAAUUAUUCAUGCUGAGGUUCUAUGGACAGAAAUAGAGAAGGUCUUGCUUUAGGAACAAAGUAUAAAAGAAGAAUUUUUGGAGAGUAGGGAGAGGCAGUGUCAUGUGGUAGAUAUGGAGUUUUCAGUAACCAGUGAGAUAGUGUGGGGCUUUUUGUUUUCUUUUGUUUUUUGCCUAAUGAGGAAAUAGCUCCAAAAAUUCAUAUCUUAAAGGGCAGUUGAGAUGGAGUUCAUAUCUUAGCUGACUUUAAAAUCCAUAUUUAUUAUACUCUACAAUGACUUAGUCUUUUUAUCCAAUGCUUAACCUUAUUUGGCCUUUGGAAAGCUAGUUUCCAGCAAUCAAAAAGAGCUGAGUUCAAGUCACACCCAAAACCUAAUAGUUCUGUGACUCUGGCCAAGUCAUUUUCUUUUAAUGUUCUAAGAAACCCUCUGAGACUCUUAAGUUGCAAAAGAGGUUGUUAACUUGCAUUGGAAAGAGAGUUUCCUAAUCUAGGAAUUUUCUAUACUAAAGGAAUGAAGAAGGCUCAUACCUAUUCCUUGGAGAAUACAGGAUGGAAAAUGCAGUUAUACUUCUAGCAAUCCAACAUAGGAGCUAAAACACCUUUCCAAAUAAAUUUUCCAAAUGAAACUGUCACUUGUAUUAGUUUGGCACCCUAAGGGAUCAGAACAGUCAGAGUAAAGGAAACAAAAGAUUUAUGUGAGAGAUUUGUAAUUAUAGAUUUAUUGGAAAGAUAUAUUGAAGCUUCAGAUCCUGAAUUAGUAGGCUAAGUGGGCAUGUAUUACUCUAUACCUCAAAUUCUUGAUUAUUGGAUUAUAGAGAUUUUAUGGGCAAUAAUUGAAUUGGGAAUUCUGGCAGCAAUUGGGAUGACUAUCACAAGAGCAGAGGCUCUCUGGAGAAGAAAGCUUUUUUGUACGCCAAAAGAAGGCUAAAUGGAAAGCUAUAAGCAAGGCCCUUGCCUCAGCUAGAACCUUCUUGUUCAAUGCAACUCAAGAAGCAUGAGACUAGGAGAAAUUUGCAAUCUGAGGGAUAUGCCAUCCAUGGAAGAGGACUAUGGAAGUCAAGAUAAAAUAAUUCCUAGUCUACAGAAACUUAAUCAGAAAAGCGAAACUAAAGACACAAAUAUAUGAUAAUUUAAACAAAAAAAUUGUUUAUCCAAUUAUCCCAGUAUCACUACUGUCCUUCAUACCCAUCACCAUUUUAUUUAUUUUUAUGAGUUUAUCAGCACCUAUGACAAUAAUUCAUUAGAUGUGUAGAAGCCUGAAAAAAACCCAACAUCCUUGAAGUUGGGAUUUGAAUCCUAGUUUCAUAACUCCAAUAGCCAUUGAACUUAAUAAUAAUAACUAGCAUUUCCAUAGCACUUUAAGGCUUGUGAAA